GAAGGUCGUUGGCGGCGGUUGGCGCCGAGAGAUGAUCGCCUCCUCGUGGCCCCGGAACGGAACGCCGCCGUCGGGAGCGACCUGCCGGUCGCCCUACCAGCGCCUAAGUCAGAGGAUGCUGGACAUCACCGGGGACCGGGGCGUGCUGAAGGAUGUCAUCCGAGAGGGCACCGGAGAUCUGGUGACACCUGACGCCUCGGUACUAGUGAAAUAUUCGGGAUAUUUGGAGCACAUGGACAAGCCCUUCGAUUCUAAUUGUUUUAGGAAAACUCCUCGGCUAAUGAAACUUGGAGAAGAUAUUACACUCUGGGGCAUGGAGCUGGGUCUUCUGAGCAUGCGGAGAGGGGAGCUGGCCAGGUUUCUGUUCAAACCAACCUAUGCCUAUGGAACCCUGGGCUGUCCUCCCCUGAUUCCCCCAAACACCACUGUCCUGUUCGAGAUCGAGCUGCUUGACUUCCUUGACUCUGCUGAGUCAGACAAGUUUUGUGCCCUCUCAGCUGAGCAACAAGACCAAUUUCCCCUUCAGAAGGUCCUCAAAGUGGCAACAACUGAGAGGGAGUUUGGCAAUUACCUUUUCCGCCAGAAUCGCUUCUAUGAUGCCAAAGUGAGGUAUAAACGGGCCUUGUUGCUUCUCCACCGGCGACUGGCUCCCCCUGAAGAGCAGCACCUGGUGGAGGCGGCCAAGCUUCUUGUUCUCCUUAACCUGUCCUUUGCUUACCUGAAGCUAGACCGACCCGCCAUGGCCCUGCGCUAUGGAGAGCAGGCUCUGAUCAUUGACCAAAAGAAUGCCAAGGCCCUCUUCAGAUGUGGACAGGCUUGCCUCCUCCUGACUGAGUAUCAGCAGGCCCGGGAUUUUCUAGUGCGAGCCCAGAAGGAACAACCCUUCAACCAUGACAUUAAUAACGAGCUGAAGAAACUGGCCAGCUAUUACAGGGACUACACCGACAGAGAGAAGGAAAUGUGCCACCGGAUGUUUGCCCCUUGUGCUGAUGGCGCCCCAGUGGGAGAAAACUGAAGACCCCUCGAGUGCCACUGCCGGGCAGGAGGCGCCUGCUGAAGACUGGCCUGCCCUGCCGACCUGGACUUCGCGGGUGCCACGCUCAGCCCGCGUGUCCUGCCUGGUCCACGGCAGCUACUGACAAGUAGAAAACUGCUGCUGCGUGAAAGGCAGUUUCUGGUCUCUUCCAGCAGAGUUAGUCCUUGGCUCUGCUCCAGCCCCAGCCCCCUUCCGGCUGGCCAUGUCCCGGGCCAGUACAAAUAGAGAUCGCUUUGUGUGUU